AUGACCGAAAAAAGAAGGAACAAUGGUCGUGCCAAAAAGGGCCGGGGCCAUGUGCGGCCUAUUCACUGCACCAACUGCGCCCGAUGCAUGCCCCAGGACAAGGCCAUUAAGAAGUUUGUCAUCCGAAACAUAGUAGAGGCCACAGCUGUAAGGGUCAUUUCUGAAGCAAGUGUCUUCGAUGCUUAUGUACUUCCCAAGCUGUAUGUGAAACUACAUUACUGUGUGAGUUGUGCCACUCACAGCAAGGUAGUCAGGAAUCGCUCUCGUGAGGCCCAGAAGGACCAAACACCCCCACCCCGAUUGAGACCUUCAGAUGCUGCCCCACGACCUCCACCAAAGCCCAUGUGAGGAGCUAACUCUGAAG